CUCAUUGGAGUUAUUCAUGUAUGUUCAGUUUGCUCAAGAACUGGUAUCAGAAGUUUCUGCUCUAUAUAAGUUCGUGGACAAGAUGAACUUCCUUCAGGCUGGCUCCUUACUGGAAACCUCAUAAUUCUACGAGAAUGAAAACCUUCUUGGCCUGCCUUCUUGUUCUUUCUGCUAGCGUGGCAGUGUCCAAUGCUGCUUGUUACUUUCAACCAUUGAAGCCAGUGAAUCCUGGUGAUGAGAUCAAAGGCUGCUAUGACUCAAAGGGAGAGCUGCAUGAAUUUGGUUCCGAGUGGAAGACUGCGGACUGCCUUGAGUGCUCCUGUUCCAGGGGUGGAAUCGGCUGCUGCUCCACCUAUUCAACACCAGUUGAUUAUGAUGAAGAGAAAUGUGUAAGCAUUUUCAACAAGGAGACCUGCACUUAUGAAGUAGUGGAGAAAAACGAUCACUCAAAGACAUGCCCGGUAUACGGGAUGGUGGGCUAACACAAAAGAGUGCUGGAUUUGGGCUUUUUUUUUUUUUUUUUUUUUUCAUUUCAAGGCUUCUUUCUCACAAAUUCAAAAACACUGAAAAAUGCAGCCAUCAAGUGAAAUCUACUCAAAAACUUCCUAAGUGAUAAAAUUGAGUAUGUAAGCACAAAAGAUUUCCUCAGUUUCUCUGCCUUCCUCUUCUCCAUGCAGUUAGAAUUUAUACCUUCCUUGACAUCUGAAAUUAAAGCUGACUUUAAGUAUCAUCAGUAGCUGCUAAUUUUAGUUCUUCUCCCUUCAAACUUCAAUGUCAAGGAGUAUGUUAUCUUCACACAGCUGUAUCUUAAAGCUAAAAAUAAAAUCAGAUGAAG